GAUCAGAAAGGAGACACUUUCCUCAAGCUGUCUGCGACCAACUUCACCAUCAAUAGCCUGAUCUGUGGCAAAGCUGCCAGGAAUGCUUCUCUUGCUGGUGGCCCGAAGAUGCAAGAGCUGAAGAAUUUGAGAAAUUCCAAGCUGUCCCACACUCCUGCAGAAGUUCAAGAUGAAGAACCUCCUGCAAAGAGGAGAAGGAGCAUGGAGACAGUUGUGGAGGUGGAUGUACAUGGAACUUUAGUUUCCUUGCUGUGCCCCUCCAAAAGGCCACAGGUGGCAGAUGUGAUGGUGAAGAUGGAUCCACAGAUGCUGUCAGCUGUCUUCAAGUUCCUGUUGCCUGACUGCUUGGAAGAAACUGCCUCCAGAUCUUACAAAAAGAGUGGAGCCUUUGCCAAGGACAAGCAGAAGGAAGACUGA